AUGUUUCAUAUUCCUGUCGAAUCCCCAAAGAUACCUAAAGUCAGAAUACACCAGGCUGAUCUAGAGGGAGCUACAGACAGAAUAAAACAGGCUGUUCUAGAGGAAGCUACAGACAGAAUAAACAAGGCUGAUUUAGAGGAUGCUACAGACACAAUACACCAGGCUGAUCUAGAGGAAACUACAGACAGAAAACACCAGGCUGAUCUAGAGGAAGCUACAGACGCCAUACACCAGGCUGAUUUAGAGGAAGCUACAGACAGAAUACACAAGGCUGAUCUAGAGGAAGCUACAGAUACCAUACACCAGGCUGAUCUAGAGGGAGCUACAGACAGAAUAAAACAGGCUGUUCUAGAGGAAGCUACAGACAGAAUAAACAAGGCUGAUUUAGAGGAUGCUACAGAGAGAAUACACCAGGCUGAUCUAGACGAAGCUACAGACAGAAUAAAACAGGCUGUUCUAGAGGAAGCUACAGACAGAAUAAACCAGGAUGAUCUAGAGGAAGCUACAGACAGAGUACACCAGGCUGAUCUAGAGGAAGCUAUAGACAGAAUAAACCAACCUGAUCUAGAGGAAGGUACAGACACCAUACACCAGGCUGAUUCAGAGGAUGCUACAGACAGAAUACACCAGGAUGAUCUAGAGGAAGCUACAGACAGAAUAAAACAGGCUGUUCUAGAGGAAGCUACAGACAGAAUAAACCAGCCUGAUCUAGAGGAAGCUACAGACACCAUACACCAGGCUGAUUCAGAGGAUGCUACAGACAGAAUACACCAGGAUGAUCUAGAGGAAGCCACAGACAGAAUAAACCAGGCUGAUUUAGAGGAAGCUACAGACAGAAUACAUCAGGCUGAUCUAGAGGAAGUUACAGACACCAUACACCAGGCUGAUUCAGAGGAUGCUACAGACAGAAUACACCAGGUUGAUCUAGAGGAAGCGACAGACAGAAUACACCAGGCUGAUCCAGAGGAAGCUACAGACAGAAUACACAAGGCUGAUCUAGAGGAAGCUACAGACACCAUACGCCAGGCUGAUUUAGAGGAUGCUACAGAGAGAAUACACCAGGCUGAUCUAGACGAAGCUACAGACAGAAUAAAACAGGCUGUUCUAGAGGAAGCUACAGACAGAAUAAACCAGGAUGAUUUAGAGGAUGCUACAGACAGAAUACACCAGGCUGAUCUAGAGAAAGCUCAUGUUUCAUAUUCCUGUCUAAUCCCCAAAGAUACCUAA